UGGCGCCGCGCCCGCACCGCGCCCCGACUGCCCGGGCUCCGCUACCGGCACCGGCACCGCUCCAAUUCCCCGGUACCGGCACCGCUCCUACUGCCCGUGUUCCGGCACCAGCACCGGCACCGCUUUGAUUCCCCUGGCACCGGCACCGCUUUGCUUCCCCUGGCACCGGCCCCGGCAACCCCGGUACCGGCACCGGCUGCGCUCCGACUGCCCGGGCCCCGCUACCGGCACCGCUCCCAAUUCCCCCUCCACCGGCACCGGGACCCUCCAACCCUUUUCCUGCUCCGGCACCGCUCCCACUUGCCCUGCUCGAUACCGGCACCGGCACCGCUCCAAUUCCCCCGGUACCAGCACCGGCACCGCUCCCGUUCCCCCGGCACCGCUCCAACUCCGCGGCACCGCUCCCAUUCCAUCGGCACCGGGACCGCUCCAACCCUUUUCCUGCUCCGGCACCAGCACCGGCUCCUCUCCAGCUCUCCCGGACCGCUCCAAGCCUCUCCUGCUCCGGUACCGCCUCCAGCAUCCGCCCCGCUCCGGUGCCGGUGCCGCUCCAGCCGCUCUCCGGUGCCGGCCCCGCUCCGCUCGCAGCCCGGCCCCGUUCCCGGAGCGGCCCCGCGGCUCCCGCAGCACCGCCCCUGCUCUGCCCCGCAGGAAGGAGGAAGGGACACGGCAGGAGGGAGGGAGAGCGACCGGCUCGGCGCCCGGGCUCUGCCGUCCCUGGCAGCUCGAGGGAAGAUGAACAAGAUGAAAAACUUCAAGAGGAGAUUUUCGCUCUCAGUGCCACGCACGGAGACCAUCGAGGAGUCCCUGACGGAGUUCACGGAGCAGUUCAACCAGCUCAACAACCAGAGGAACGAAGACCUGGCCCAGGGGCACCUGCAGCUGGCACAGCUGGGCAGGGAGGUGGCAGCUGAUGGCAGCCCCGUGUCCCCAGCCGAGGGACAGGGCCGGUCCCCGGUGGGCGCCGUGCGGUACCGCAACCACGGGCAGCGCCGCUGCUCCAUGGAGGACGUCAGCAGGCGCCUCUCGCUGCCCAUGGACAUCCGGCUGCCGCCCGAGUUCCUGCAGAAGCUGCAGAUGGAGAGCCUGGAGCUGCCCAAGCCCCUGAGCAGGAUGUCCCGCCGCGCCUCCCUCUCAGAUAUUGGCUUUGGGAAGCAGGAAACCUACAUUAAACUGGACAAACUGGGAGAGGGCACCUACGCCACGGUGUUCAAGGGCCGCAGCAAGCUGACGGAGAACCUGGUGGCGCUGAAGGAAAUCCGCCUGGAGCACGACGAGGGCGCUCCCUGCACGGCCAUCCGGGAAGUGUCCCUGCUCAAGAACCUCAAGCACGCCAACAUCGUCACCCUGCACGACAUCAUCCACACCGAGCGCUGCCUCACCCUCGUCUUCGAGUACCUGGACAACGACCUCAAGCAGUACCUGGAGAACUGCGGGAACCUGAUGAGCGUGCACAACGUGAAGAUCUUCAUGUUCCAGCUGCUCCGUGGCCUGGCUUAUUGCCACGGCAGGAAAAUCCUGCACCGAGACCUCAAACCCCAGAACCUGCUCAUCAACGAGCGGGGCGAGCUCAAGCUGGCUGAUUUUGGGUUAGCCAGGGCCAAGUCUGUCCCCACAAAAACCUACUCCAACGAGGUGGUGACGCUCUGGUACCGGCCCCCCGAUGUCCUGCUGGGCUCCACCGAGUACUCCACGCCCAUCGACAUGUGGGGCGUCGGCUGCAUCCACUACGAGAUGGUGACGGGCCGGCCGAUGUUCCCGGGCUCCACGGUGAAGGAGGAGCUGCACCUCAUCUUCCGCCUGCUGGGUGAGCGCCGAGCCCGCUCCCCGCGCGGGGGCACUGCCGGCCCGGGAACGGGAACCGGAAUGGGAACGGGAACCGCACCGGGAACGGGAACGGGAACGGGAACCGCACCGGGAACGGGAACGGGAGCGAGCGCCGUCAUUUCUGUUUUUCCCUGGGGCGUUGUGCAGUUCAGAGCCAAGGGCCGGAUCUCAGCCGAGGCCGCCCUGCAGCACCCCUACUUCAGGAGCCUGGGAGAGCGCGUGCACCUCCUGCCUGACACCGCCUCCAUCUUCUCCCUGAAGGAGAUCCAGCUGCAGAAGGACCCCGGGCACCGCAGCUCUGCCUUCCAGCACUCGGCCCGCGGCAAGAACAGGAGGCAGAGCAUCUUCUGAACUGGGAUUUGGCGUCGCCCCGGUUGCCAUGGAAACGGAAACGCUGGGAAAGGAGCGGCUCCCAAACCCCCAAAACCCCGGGAGCGGCUCCCAAACCCCCCUGCAUUGUCCCCAAACCUGGGACAAUGUGUCCCCCACUUUGUUUGGGGGUGUCCCCACUGAGAGCAGCCCCAGGGAGGAGAUGCCGACGCCUGCCAUGGCCUGGGAGGGUUUUGGGGUGGGGAUUUGUGGGGUUUGGGGGGGGUCAAAUUGGAGAUUUGUGAGGUUUGGGGGUCUCAGAGUGGAAAUUUGUGGGGUUUGGAGGUUCAGAGUGGGGAUUUGUGGGGUUUGGGAGGGUCAAAUUGGAGAUUUGUGAGGUUUGGGGGGCUCAGAGUGGGAAUUUGUGGGGUUUGGGAGGCUCAAAGUGGGGAUUUGGGGGCUCAGAGUGGGGAUUUGUGGGGUUUGGGAGGCUCAAAGUGGGGAUUUGGGGGCUUUGGGUAAGGAUUUG